GUUUCUGACUUUUUCCCUCAGGUUUUCUCAGAGUCCCAAAAUUACAUUACAGAAUCUGCCUCGAAAUGUUACCUUCUUAACAAGCAGCAAAAGGCUACAACAGUUAUUAAAGGCACAGGAAGAGUUGGAUAAAAAGAUGCAGAGAGAACUGACAAUAAAGGCACAAGUAGAACAAGAAAUGAUCCAGCUGAAUGGGGAACUGAACAAAGCACGAGCCCAAAGGAAGCAGCUCGUAGAAGAUCAUUGCCAGAUACAAAAUGAAAUCAAACCAUUUUUAAGUGACAACCAUAUCCUGAUGGGAUACCUUCCUGACCCAACCAAGAAAACACAAGUGGCACCAAUUAAGGUAUGGGAUCAACACACACAGCAGCAGGAGCAGAUCAAACACGAACAGCAGCAGUUGGUCUCCAGUUAUGAGUCCAAUAUAUUAAAUCUACAGGAGGAGCUACUGCAACUGGAGAUGCUCCAAGCCCAUCUGAAAAAGAAGAUUCAAGGAUUAAAUGCCAGGAGAAUAGUUCAGAUGACCCAAGAGGAGCAGAUCAAAUCGCUGCAAAUGUUAGAACCUCUAGUCCAGAAGGAGGCAGAAGAACAGCUUCGUAGGGCACAAGGCUCUCUCAUUGCAGAGUGGAGAGCACUGAAGCAUCAGCUGUCUGAUGUAGAGCUAUUGCUGGAGAAAAGUAAGAUUGGGAAGUAUAGCCGUAUCCUGGAGCAGGCAGCAGAUAAAUCUAUUGUGAGUUUCACCCGACACCUGCAAGGUGAGAAUGAACAUUUGCAUAAGGAAGUAAAGCAGCUCCUUCAAGAAGCCGAGGAGGUUGAGGCCCAGCGGAUUAGGCUUCGAAGGCAGAAGCAGCAGCUACAACUAGAGGAGUGUUGCCAGGAGAGUAUUAAACGAGGGAGGAAGCUUAAACUCCCACGAGCUAAUCCCUAUCAGAAAGGACAAAUCAGUCCAAAGACCAUACUGGCUCCUCUCCAAAGUACCAAACCAAGGUUGAAUCCAUCCUAAAUGGGGAAAAUAUUUAUUAUAUGUCCACCUAUAUAGAUGUUUUUAGUUACUGUACAAAGCAACUUAAAUGGGAAAAAAAAAUAUAAAAUAACAGGCUAUCAAAUUACAGAAUGAAGGAUGAAACACAAAAGUGGCAAAAGACCAUACUGAAAAAACCUUUUUUUUGUAAAACUUUUGUUGAAAGUGACUUUUAAUAGCUUAUUGAAAUUAUUAGGGGAAGGAGUUGGGCCUUCCUCUACAGUACUAUUUAAUGUUUAUUUCCUGGAGUUACCUGUAACUCCCUCACUCACCUCAUCCUCUGAUGACAAACAGCAUCUUCCUGAAAUCUCCUAGUACCUCAACACUAAACUGACCAGGCUUUCCUGGCUGUUUACCAAACACUCCCUACAAUGGCUCAGAAGAAGUGCAAGUCAAGCUAUGGGUUGUUCAUGUUUUCUUUUGGCCUCAUUGUUUAUCUUUCUUCAAAUGAUAAACUUAUUUCUUUGAUGGCAACCAUUUAUGUUGACUCUAGAAUGCUAGUAUAGACAUUCCAAAAUCUUAGGUUAGCAAAUACAUGUAGUCCCCACUUGUUAUUUUUAAUUCUUGUUGCCUUGGUCUUUACACCCAUUUGUUUGAACUAUUCCAACACAAACCAGGAAGUACAAGACUUACUCAAAAUGCUGUUAGCAAACCUGAAACUUGAUGGUGUGAGAAGGGAUUGUUAUACUUGUGUGCCAAAGACCUAACAAUUGCCUUUUAGCUUUUGGUUUGUCUUGAUGUUCCAAUGAAGCAUGAACUACUCUUGAAACAUGUCAACUGAAGGUCAAGAAAGUGACCUAAUAGAAUUCUCUAUUUUCUGGUAGCAUUGUUUUGAUUUGAUACUGAGUAGCUUAUGUUUAAUUUUUUAUUUAAAUGAGAUAGUAGGUGAAAAGAUGUAAGGAUUGGUCUUUUUUUUAAACAAAGCUUUGCAAUGGGAGAAAUAAUUUUCAUUGUAGCAUUCUAGCCAAUGAAAUGAUUUAGGAUACCUAUACUACUAGGGCAUUUGAGAGAAAAAGCUGUUUCAGUUCAGGUUUCCUUGGAUAACUUUUGAAAGAGAAAAGCAGCAGCAUUCAAAUCAUCUGAUUCCAAACUUCUGAAUUCCAAGAUUAUUUUAAUGUAUAUUUUAGUUCAAAAUUAUAUUUUUAUAUAUGUACAUUUGUAGUGUAUUGGGGCCCUCGUCUAAAAAUGUUUUAGAAUACAUUCCUUUUUUUAGGACU